AUGGCACGACACAUUGCAUUUGGCGACAUUGACAACUUUGACAUUGACACUCUGAACAACAUCAUGGAAUCGACAUGUUGUCCACAGACCAAGAUGACGGAUGAAGUUGUCCAUGCAUUCGUCAAGAGUUGGCUGCCCCCACAACAACCUUACCACGAUCAAGACAUCAGCAUGAUUGUGAAACAUGCAGCAUCACACUCACACUCACUCAUCAAGCUGAUGCACACAAUCUUCAUCGAAGCCAAUCACAGAUUGUUGUUCACUCGAGCGAUGCCUCAAUGCGCCAAUCGUGGUGACACUCAAUCAAUCAAGUUCAUUCUUGAUAUCGCUCAAGACGCUGCCACAACCACUGGAAAUAGUCCACUAAAUCUCAAUCUUGAUGUUCUGACCGAUUUCAAGACUAACAGGAUCACCGAUGUUGAAGUGAUGGCCAUGCUCAUGGACACUGGAAUCAUUCAGAACACUCAACAAUACCAUCCAAUCAUUGUUGGUGUGUUGGAUCAUGCUUGCUCCAAUGGACUUGUGGACAUGAUGACAUUCAUUCACGAACGUUUAACAGAUGUUAAACUGGUCCCAUCCCUUCAUUCAAUGGAGGAUGCUGUCAUGGCCAACCAUCUCAAUGUGAUCGUCUAUCUCUUUGGUGAUCAAUCAUCAACAAUGUGGCGAGCAAUGUCACAACAUCCAACUCAUGUCAUCCGAUUACUGAUACAACUUCGACACACAGCAUUCAUUGAUGGACAUGUCAAGAUGAUCACAUGGAUCACCAACCGAAUCAAUCAACUCAAACUUGAACGAAGUUCAACCCAUAAAUAA